ACCGCAGACAGCACACAAGUUAUCCAAGGCUUGAGGGGCUCAGAUCAGCUCUAGCCAUGUGGUACCCGCGGCCGUGUCUGGUCGCUCUCGCAGUCCUCUGCACGGCGGCGUUGGCCCGCGAACUCCCGCUUUUCCGCCAACAGGCGGCACCGCAACUGGACGCCAGAGGCCUGGUCAUGUCCGUGCGGCCCGUCAGGGAGUACAUCCCCGGAGACUUGGCGCCGGCACCCUCGCACCACUACUUCUGGGGCGGCGACCUGGCCGUGGCCGCUAGUGGAGGACACGGAGGUGGAGGCGGCGGCGGCGGUGGUGGAGGCCACGGAGGCGGCAGCGAGAGCAGCAGCAAGAAGGGCGGCGGCAAGAAACACCACUCGUCGCACCACGGCUCCAAGGGCAGCAAGGGCUCCAAGGGGCACAAGGGCAGCAGCGGCUAUGACAAGGGAGAGAAGGGCCACCACGACAAGGAGGACAAGUCCGGACACCACAGCGAGGACGGCGGCCACAAGAAGGGCCACCACGAGGAGGGCGGCCACCACAGCCACCACGACAAGGGCAGCAAGGGCGAGAAGGGCUCCAGCUUCGGCGAGAAGGGUGGACACAAGAAGGGAGAUUCGACCAAGGGUUACCACAACACGUACCACAAGGACGAGUACAAGAAGGAGCACAAGUUCUACGACGACUUCCACAAGGGCGGCCACUCCAAGAAGUACGGUGACUUCGACGAGCACCACUCGGACAAGAAGGGAGGCCACGAGAAGGGCGGACACCACAAGGGCGGCCACCACGAGGACAAGUACAACAAGAAGGGUCAUCACGACAAGGGACACCACGACAGCGACCACAAGGGCUGGAAGGGCGAGCACGGCCACGAAGAGUACAGCGGCCACCACUACGACUACGGCAAGAAGGGCGGCGACGAGGGACACAGCUCGCACGGCUUCAGCUCUGGCGGAGGCGGCGGUGGCGGACACGGAGGCGGUGGCGGCGGAGGCGGUCACGGAGGCGGCGGCGGCGGCGGUGGUCACCAUUAAAAUCCUCUCCCUUUUCCUGCUGCCAAACUUGGUCUGCUUUAAUUUAUUUUAAAAGUUUCAUCAUGAAUCGAAAUAAGCGGCCAACCGAGGUGGGCACCCCCCUCUCCUUGCCAUCCCUUACCCAUCCUAUCAUCCCUCCCCCCUGAGGAACCCCCGAAAUCGUUUUGACCGUGAAUGCUGUUUUUGUUUUUGAGAUCUCGUUGUUGAUGUUGUUGUUGACUACUUGUUGAUUAAUGUGUAGAAUAUUUGCAUGUUUCCGAGAAAAAAUGCUUGUUAUGACUGCAAAAUAAAACCCCCCAAUAUAUUCAACUGAAAUAA